AUGGCCACCAACAAAACAGACGAAGAAUGGAUGGAGUUUAAGGCCCUCCCCAAAGAACUUCUCGCAUUUUUGACAAAUAUUUCUUCAUUGCUUGUAAAGGUAAAGGAAUGCGAAGAGUCGUGGGCAAAGAUCUCCUCGAUGUUUCCUCUUGAGAGUAAAGAUCMAUCCAAGGAGCCUUUCUUUGGAAGCGGAUACAGGGCAUUACAUAUGGCUUCAAAUGCAAUUUUCAGAUUUAUCCAAAAAAGCAUAACCGUCCACGAGGCCAAUGCCCAUGGGCUGGUCGAAUCAAUGCGUAUCAUUGAGACGAUUGAAAAAGAAUCAAGUGCUUGGGAUUCGAUCCGAAAGAUUUCAGAAGCAACAUAUGGUCAGCUAUCAUCGCUAUCAACAGACUUAUCAUCUUCUUUUUCGUCAUCAACUUCGAGAGCAGACCUCGUUUGCUUGGAGGACCCGAUGACAAGGAACUCCUUCAAUUCCAAGCUUGUUUCCUGGAGACACCAGGUCGAGGCAGAACAAAGAAAAAUAUCCGAUCAAGCUCAGCAGGAAUUAAUUGAUCCAGUGAAAGAAAUCGCGAUUUUUUUUACUUCCUCUCUUAUCCAAAUGGCAUCGGAACGUAGAAAUCAUCUUCGAUCUGAAGAUGCGUUUCUGGAGGAGCUUCUUUCCGUAAUAACGUCUGCUUCAGACUUGGCAGCCUCUGACACGAAAUUUAAAUACAUUUCGCACUUAAAAUCGUGUAACUAUUCUAAAGACCACAUUGAGAAGUCAUCGAUGGAUUUUGGGGAUUCCAAAGUCGUCUUGAGCGGGUUUCUCAAGCUAAAAAAGUCAUCUCUCUUCACAACGGGGUGGCCCAUCUCGUUUGUGGUUCUUACACAGACCCCCUCAGAUUUCAGCUCAUAUCUACAUAUUAUACCGUUAGAUAAGUGUGUGAUUUCAUCCAUUCUCAACCAAGAACAAGAGCCUUUAUCCUCUUUCAAGCCGGUUUCCUCUUUUCAAAAGUGGAACAAUCCCCAACUACCUUCGCUGGUUUCUUCCUAUUUACUGGGAAAAUAUUUUUAUCCGGAAUACCAGACGACCAGUUCCUUCGCUGUUCCGCGUUUUAAUUCCUUCUGUGCACAGCUAGCCUUCCCCCCUGGAACCUUAUCUUUCUCCAUGCAGGAGAAAGGGGAGCGAAAAGAAAAUUUUAUUGUGUCCGCCUUGGUGACAAGUUCCUCAAAUACGCUUCUUCUAAAGGUAGCCACCGCAUCUUCUGCUUUUCACUCGUUGGAAUUGCGAGCAGUUCCCGUUGCAAAUAACCCUACUACAAGCGAGUGGCUUUGCGUCAUUAACGAUGCGGUCCACAUACCGUUGUCUAAAAGGCAUUCUAUAGCUUCAAACGAGCAUCGCGAGGUAGAAAGCCAUUCAGAUUACUACGGAAUGCCCCAGUCUUAUAGUCAAGAAGCCAUCUCUACUUUUAGGGGCGAGAGGGCCCUAUACAUACGUCCCGGAUCUAGAGACAAUUUUGCCGAAGAUGACGGCUGGUCGGUUGAGUUGUCUGACCUUUCAUUGAACAAUGAAGAUGAUCCGGCCAGCCGUAGUUCUUUCGAUAGAAACAGUUUGUAUUCCAAUUCCCCUUCGUUGGUUGAAGAGACAUCUGCAUCCUAUUUUCCGGAGCAGUUUCCGACUUGCGACUCUUCAGCUGUGUGGACACCCUCUCCAAUCGAUGAUCCCUGGCGCUCUUCGUGA